AUGCGCUCCUGCAACGAGGCAGAAGCACAUAUGCUGGCAGGCGAGCUUCUCGGUGCUCCCUCCUACAGUAACUCGACGAACCCGCAUUUCAGCGCGUUCUUCAAGCACUACAAUGGAGUUCUCAGCCCUUCAACAUUCGGCGACGCCAUCACCGAGAUUGAAAGCCCCGUGUUGAAGUCCCACAAAGACGUUAUAUCAUUUGGCCUUUCUGGACGAGACGCUAGGCCCGCCGAGAAGGAGUAUGCAGCCAGAGCAGUCGUCAGCGCCGCGUUCAUGGUUAACUGCGCAUCCAAGGACUACUACUCCGAAGGAUUUCAGUCCAGUACCGCCAUGCGAGUAAAAUGGGAACCAAAUCAAGGGUUUGCCGACUUCUUGGAGAAAGCCUUCACCCCGAACCUGGUCUCAACCCUUGCCCAUGAUUCCAAGACAGCAGUGCCAUACAGAGGCUCUUUGAAGGCAUGGAAGCUUGUCAAGAGGAACAAAAUAAAAAUCCGGCCCACCAACAACUUGAUAGACCACCUGCGCUACGAUGCAAAGGACCGGGUACUCCAUGUGUUCCACCAGACCAUGUUCCUCCAAAGCCAAAUCAAACGCUGCAAAACCGUUGAUUUCAAUAUGGAUUUUGAGGAAAGUUUGAAGCUGUAA